GCCUCGAGCCUCUCAAUCCCCAGCGCACCUACACACGGGCUCACGUUUGCAUCAGCGAGGGUUUUUCAUCAGCGACUUGCUCUUCCUGUUUCCUCCGUGCUUUUCGUCUCUCAGCUCGAGCUCAUCUUUACGCGCAAACGUUAUAUAAGUAGGAGCAUCUGCAACAAUGUCGAACCGUCUUGCGCAGGUCUCUGGACACAUUACGAAUGUGUAUGGGCGUGGGAUGCUUGUGGGUGAGGUUGCUAUUAUCACUGGUGCUGGUCAGGGUAUCGGCCGGAGCGCAGCGCUCCUCUUCGCGAAGGAGGGAGCCAAGGUCGUUGUCAGCGACAUUGACCAGACCAAGGCCGAGGCUGUCGUCGCGGAGAUCAAGAACGCGGGCGGCGAGGCGAUCGCUGUCGCAGGCGAUGUCGGCGCGGACGACUUCCCGAAGAAAAUCGUGGAUGCGACUGUCAGCCAGUACGGCGGGAUCAACCACAUUGUCAACAACGCUGGCUUCACGUACGACAAGAUGCUGCACACGAUGCCCGACGACGCGUACGACAUCAUCAUGAAGAUCCACGUGCGCGCGCCCUUCCGCCUCGUACGCGCCGCCGCUCCUCACCUGCGCACCAAGAGCGAUGCCAACAAGAGCAUCAUCAACGUCUCCUCGACGACGGGCCUGCACGGCAACGUCGGCCAGGCUAAUUACGCAGCGGCCAAGGCCGCCGUCGUCGGUCUCACCAAGACAAUUUGCAAGGAGUGGGGGCCGUACGGUGUACGCGCUAAUACGGUUGCGUUCGGGUUCAUCCACACGCGGCUGACCGCCGACAAGGCCGACGGCGCGGAGAUCGUGAUCGACGGGAAAAAGGUCGCGCUCGGUAUUCCCGGCGCUAACAAGAACCGCUCGGCGGAGACGGUCAACGCUGCGUCUGACAUUCCUUUGCGCCGCGGAGGCACCGCCGACGAGGCUGCUUCUGCUAUGCUCUUCCUGGCGUCGCCGCUUGCGUCGUACAUUAGUGGACACACGCUCGAGGUCACUGGUGGGCGGGGUAUUUGAGUAUGUACCCUGCAUGUAUACUUGAAGUUUGUUGCGCAUCGAUGUUGUUCCUUCCCUAUGGCCACGAAUAGGACGGUAUCAAUCUCUGGGGUGUGUUGCUUUGUUCCAUCUUCUCGGCGAUCAAAUCGUCCAGUCGCGAAUGCAUGUGAGGAAAGGU